AUGGCAACCAAUUUUGUUACUCUGGGUGAACUCUGGUCCAGCCAAUUCUACCCAGAAGCAACAUCGGUGGGAGAGAAAACCUACCGAAAUAUAAAAUUGAGGCUUCUCGACUGGAACCUCUGUAGAGCAUUGAUCAUGAGCCCACGGCAGGUAGCGUGUCAGUUACGAGGAUCUAUGGCUCAAGCGGAGCUCUUUAAUAAGGCGGUGGAACCACUUAAACAUACUAGGCGUUCCAGAGAGCUGACGUCGGGGGCCCUUUCAACGGACGGGGAGUCUAAUUAUACGUCCCGAAGUAAAAGGAGACGGUGUCAAUCGUCCAGCUCAGACGACGAGUACCCGGUCAGAACCGAGAAACCAAUGAAGAGGAGGCGGCGAGUAUUGUCUUCGAGCUCGGAGGAGGAUGUCAAUGAGACAAGGCUACGCCGCGUGGAAAGCAUGGUCGAGAAUCUUUACCACUUGGUCUCAGGAAAUAAAGAGAACGAUGGCAGCGUCAUGAAUUCGACGUGGCAAGCUCCAACUCCUACAGGUGAAGAGCUGUAUGACGCCGACAGUAUUGGCACAUGUGGCAGCGUAAACGACUGGGACACGAUUUCCCCUGUCACUAGGGAAAUCGAGCCUACAGUCCCUAGGGCGGACCCAGUAAUCGAGACACAGGGCAUGAAAUGCCAGCGUUUCGGGGAAGAGACAUGGAACAAGAUUCGUUACGUGGACGCUCAGAAAAAACUCCACGCAUCACCAGUCUUCAGUACUCUGAAGGUUAACUCAUCCUUGUACAACAAUGGACAUGCAAGCCCAAUGACAGAUAUGUUAUCCAAAAGUGACCUGGCCUUCGGGACUAUCUCACACGGUCUACUGAAGCAACGGAGAAUCAUACAUGAGGCUCUGAAGGAGGCGGGGAACAAACAACCGGAAGCGGCAGACACUUUGAAAAAAGUUUUUGCUGCUAACAGUGAAUACAAGACCAUCUCGGACGACCUGCUGCAGUUCGUUUGCGGAAAAAGGGCGGAAAUCAUCGAAAGUCGCAGGAAACUAUACGAGCCUAAAAGUAGUUACUAUAGGUCCAUCGUCAAUGAGAUUCCUCCGUCAGGUACGCACUUGUGGGAUGAAGAGCAGCUGAAAGAUGUGGUUAAAAUGCAUGGAGUGACGAAAAUUGCUCCUGUCCGCUGGCAGAGUAAUCUGGGAAAAGUCGCACUGAGACAGAAGGUGCCUCAAGGAACUUCUCAUGAAAAGUAUCUGCGUCAAGGUUCAUUUAAAAAAAUGAAGAAGGCAGAGUUUAAGCAUUCGCGUAAGCCGGGGGCGAAAAGUCAUACCAAGCUAGCUCGUAAGGAGCAACCACCUUUAGAUAAAAGGCGGAGUUUUUGA